AUGGCAGGAGGAAAGCUUAUGAACGUGUUCAAACUCUCCAGGGCUGACGAGCCUAAAGAAGUACUCAACUGGCGCCUCUGGCUGGCAGUUCUCACUUUUGGAUUAUGCGGCGCGGCUAGAGGAAUCGACGAGGGCCUUGUGAGCGGAGUCUUCAGCUUCCAGGACUUUCAGCGACGACUGCAUAUCAAUGAGCUCGGUCAAUCUGCAUUUGCCAACAUUAAAGGCAAUGUCACGGCCAUGGUCAAUCUUGGGAGCAUUGGAGGUACGCUUGCUUGGGAGGGUGUGGGCGACACGAAUCCUCUGCAUGCUUUGAUCCUUGGUAUCGCAAUCUUCAUGGCCAACGGCGGCCACUUGGGCGCGGUCUAUGCUGGCCGCUUCAUCGCGGGGCUUGGAAUCGGUCAGACAACCGUUGUUGCUCCAGUUUACCUGGCUGAAGUCGCGCCGCCAUCUGUGAGAGGUCUUUGUACCUGUGCCUUUACCGGGGCCGUUUACCUUGGUAUUAUGCUUGCAUAUUUUGCCAACUGGGCUUGUUCUAUCCAUAUGAGGGAUGGGCUUGCCAGAUGGAAGGAGGUGCCCACGACUCUUCACCUGAUGUUCGCCACCAUAAUCCUAGCAUUGUCUUUCCUCGUUUACGAAUCACCACGAUACCUGAUCAAGUCUGGCCAAGACGAACGCGCACAGGUGAUUUUGCACAAAAUUCGACAAUCCUCCCCCCGCGACCAUCCUUUCGUUCAAAGGGAGCCUGCAGCGAUCCGCCUGGGUCUCAGCGAGGAGCAAGAGGCUACGCGCGGAACGGGAUUCUUCGGUCUGGUGAAAGAGAUGUUCCUCAUACCGGGCAACCUCUAUCGCGUCUACAUUGGUCUCGGGGGUCAGCUCCUAUCACAAUGGUCCGGAGGCCCAUCAAUCACGAUCUACGCCGUCAAUCUAUUUGCGAUCCUCGGUGUCACCGGCUCUAAUGAAUCCCUCUUUGCCACAGCCAUCUUUGGCGUCGUCAAACUCGUAUCAGCAAUUAUCUUCAAUCUCGAUGAUCUACGUUGCCGUCUUUUUGACGGCAGUGUCGAACAUCGCAGACAAAAACCAACUCCCUCUGAGGCCCAAGCCGCUACAGGGGCAAUUGUGAUGAUUUUCCUCUCGGGGUUUGGAUGGGCCAUGGGGUGGAAUAGCAUGCAGUAUCUACUCACAGCUGAGCUCUUCCCUCUUCGGAUCCGAGCCGCAGCGACCUCGUUGGUGAUGUGUGCACAUUUUGCGAACUCCUAUGGGAACAGUCGAGCGGUUCCUAACAUGCUGCUCCCAGUCUCUGAUGGAGGCCUGUCUCCGAUGGGGACCUUCUGGAUGUUUUCCGCGGUCACUAUACUGGGCGGAAUUUGGGUGUGGGUGACCAUACCUGAAACCAAGGGCAGGUCACUCGAGAGCAUGGACGUUCUUUUCACCUUGCCAUGGUACAAAAUUGGACUCUACGGAAAUAAGCAUGCAGUUUCAGGAGAGACUUACGCACAGCCGGAGAAGAAGCGGGAGGACGAUGUUGCUGAGCAGGAAGUAGUGGAACACAAGAAUUGA